AAAAGGGGGCGUGCCUUGUAUUUACCUUCGAUUUUAAAAACCAUGAGGACUGGAAAAGUCUGAUGCAAUUUUAUCUUUUACCACUUCGAAAUUGAAAUUUAUGCUCUAAAAAAGUAUUCCAAUUUUGUGUGUGAAGUCUUUGUUUUUUCCUUGAAGAAAUCGCUGCCCGAUGAGAGCAAUUUUUUCACGAAUCGUGCUUAAUUUUGAGAGUGUUCGUGGUUUGUCAACUAAAGUGGACAUCAACAGUAUCAUCAUGAACAUGAAACCGUUCAAAGGCAGCCCAGCCCGAAACAAGAAGAUCAAAAAGGAAUACGAAGCGGCCAAUUUCAACUUGCAGGUUUUGGGCAGCGGCGCCCCAGGAGCUCCAGCCUCGCUCUACGUCACAUCAGACCAAAUCAGAUACAUGUUUAAUUGCGGCGAAGGAACGCAGAGGCUGGCCCACGAGCACAAAAUGAAACUGUCCAAAAUGGAGCACAUUUUCAUCACCAGUUCGAGUUGGAAGAAUUUCGGCGGACUGCCUGGUUUGUGCUUGACGGCGCGAGACUCUGGUGUGACCAACAUCACCCUCUACGGACCUAAACAAGUUGAGGAAAUAUUUUUUAUUAGCAAAAGCUUCGUAGCGCUUGGAGACUUAAACGUGCACCACGCUGACCUGACGCAACCUUAUGAAGAUUCAGUCAUGAAAGUUGACUUUGUAAUAAUCGAAAGCAACGGCGAUCCUCCUCCAAGUGAAGAUUUUGAUGAUGGAGAAGAAUCGGAAGGCGCUUCAGUUUUACAGGCAAAGCGAAUUUGCCAACGGGCACCUGGUCCUGAUCAAAGCAUCAGUUUCAUCUGCAAAUUGCACCCAAAGAAAGGAAAACUGCUUUUGGAGCAGUGCGAGAAAUUCGGUGUCCCUCUCGGCCCACUUCUGGGAAAGCUCAAAGCUGGAGAGGAUGUGAUUCUUCAGGAUGGAACAGAGGUCAAAUCAUCUGAUGUCACCAGUCCCAAUGACCCUGGCCCAACUUUCAUAGUUGUCGAGUGUCCUGACGAGUCGUUUCUGCCUUCGUUGCUGUCAAGACCGGAGUUCAAAAAGCACCAGACUGACGACCCUGAAGCAGUUUUUGCCAUCUUCCAUUUCACGCCGCCCCAGGUGAUGCGUCUGCCUGAAUACCAAGAGUGGAUGAAAUUGUUUCCAUUGUCGACAAAACACAUCACUUUGAACUCUGACAAUUCCUGUCAGGGAACAACUUCUGUCCACCGCCUGCAACACAAACUCCACCUUCUGCACAAAGACAUUUUUCCUCUACCGAUAGAAGUGCCUGAAAAGAUGGCCCUGCACAACACCGUCCAGGGUAACACUCUCGUCAAAUGUGUCCUGAGACCAAACAAGGGAAUUGACAUGUCCUCAAGAUUGCUCAUCAACCCACAAGAGUAUGUCCAGGAAUGCAUGGACGAAGAGGGUUUCAACGAGGAACUGCAAAGUGUCCAGAGAAAACUCCUAAUCGCAGACACAAAAGGUGCGGUUUACCCAAAGAUCACCUUUUUGGGAACUGGUUCUUGCAUUCCCAACAAAACAAGAAACGUCAGUGGAAUUUUGGUUGAAACUAGCAAAGACAGCUGUUUUUUAAUGGACUGCGGAGAAGCCACUUUGGGGCAGAUCGUGCGUUUGUUUGGAGUCGAAGAGUCGAAUUCGAUUUUGAGGAAACUGAAAGGUGUCUACGUUUCUCACCUCCAUGCAGAUCAUCACCUGGGUUUGGUCGGAGUGAUUCUCGCCCGUGCAAAAGCGUUGGAGUUGCUUGACUUGGCACCUUCCAAGUUGGUGCUGCUGCUUCCCCAACCUGUGAUACCAUUUAUCAACAAUUAUAGCAACAUUUAUGAACCGAUCCGAGCACAUUUGGAAAUGAUCCGGCUCAGUGAAGAUGGAAACUAUGACAAGUUCAACUCCGCUCUUGCGAUUAAAGAGACAAAGACUUGUUUGGUAAAGCACUGCAAUCAAGCCUACGGUGUCCUUUUCGAGCACUCGUCUGGUUGGAAAAUGGUCUAUUCGGGAGACACGGAGCCUUGUGACAAAUUAAUUUCUAUUGGUCGUGGAUGUGACCUUUUGAUACAUGAAGCCACAAUGGAAGACGAUUUGCGCGAAGAGGCAAGGCAAAAGAGACAUUCGACGACGUCGGAAGCAAUCGAAGUUGGACAAAAAAUGGGUGCAAAGUUUACUCUUUUGACUCACUUUAGUCAGCGCUACGCGAAAAUCCCCAUCUUUAAUAGUAAAUUCUCAGACUCUGUUGGAAUUGCGUUCGACAACAUGCGGAUUUCUUUGAGUCAACUGCAGCUACUGCCAAUCAUAAUGCCAUCGAUGAAAAUCAUGUUUAGCAAAUACCACGAAGAGAUGGAAAUAAAAACUGAAAAAUUGGAUCUGCGAAAGAGGAAGCGUGCUAAGCUUUUAGAACAGCUUGAAAGGAAGAAAAUUGUUAAAGCUUUUACCUCUUAAGUUUGACAUUUUUCUUAGGUUUUGUGUAAAGGAGUUUACGCAACAAACCCACAAAAUAAGUUAAUAAAAAAUAUGCCGAGUUGAAAA